GCCCCUCACCUGAUGAGACGUCCACUGUUCCUUUUGAUGCAGCCACGCUGCCGUGCUGCUGCUGCUGCUGCCCUUUGGCAUUCGCUUUCUCGCGUGGCAGAAGCAACUCGGUGCGACUGUGACUGCUACCCUUCUUACCUUCUUUUUAUAUCAUUAUUCCGUUACAAAUCCCACGUGGCACGCGGGAGAGACUGUUAGGUAGUAGGGAGGACAGCUUGGGACAAGAUGGGCGCCGUCGUUUCAUUCUUGGAGAGCACCUUGGUGGUGGGCAUUGUUGUCGUGGGUUUCUACUGGGCAUACCGCGCCGUGCUGCCCAAGCCGCUCAAGGGCAUCCCGUACAACCGCAAUGCCGUCGACAAGCUGUUCGGGGAUGUCCCCGAGAUGAUCGGUUAUGUGAUGCGCACCAAGCGUAUCUUUUGCUGGUUGACCUCGCUGACAUCGCGGCACCAAAGUCCCAUCAUACAAGCCUUCGUCCAGCCGAUGGGACUACCAUGGGUGGUGGUGACGGACCCGUAUGAGAGCCAGGACAUCCUCCUGCGGCGGACCAAGGAGUUCGACCGCAGCGGCUUCUUUGGCGACUUGAUCGGCGGCAUCCUGCCGGAGCAGCACAUCCAGUUCACCUCGAACGAUGACCGCUUCAAGAAGAACCGCAACCUCAUCAACCACCUGAUGGCCCCGACCUUCAUCACCCAGGUGCUGGGGCCGUCGCUGUACAAGGCCGUCUCCACCAUGAUCAAGGUGUGGGAGCUCAAGUGCAGCAUGGCCGAGGGCCGCCCGUUCCUCGCCCACCACGACAUCACCUACAUGGCGCUGGACACCAUCUUCAUGGCCAUGUUCGGCCACCCGGAGGCUGACAGCAACACGACCCGGCGCCUGCAGGCCGUGUCGCAGCUCAGCGACCUCAAGCUUCCCGCCAGCGUCGACGAGCCCGUCGAGUUCCCGGAGGGCGACAUCCCCGAGAUCUUCUCGGCGGCGCUGACGCUGGCGAACUCGGUCACCGACACGCAGCUGUCACCGGCGCCGCGGCUGACCUCGUGGAUCAUCCGCAAGUUCCCCUACAUGCGCAAGGCCACCGCCAUCAAGGACCAGUACAUCCGCGACAAGGUCGACGAGUCGGUGCGCAAGAUCCACAGCGGCGACGAGGACCCGCACACGGCGCUGCACUCGGUCCUCCUCCGCGAGCGCGACGUCGCCGCCAAGGAGGGGCGCAAGCCCGACUACUACAAGCGUGGCAUCGCCGACGAGUUCUUCGGCUUCAUGCUGGCGGGGCACGACACGUCCGCCACCACGGUCGCCUGGGGCGUCAAGUUCCUGGCCGACCACCCAGAGGCGCAAGACCGGCUGCGAGCGGAGCUGCGGGCCGCACUCCCCGACGCGGCGCUGGCCAAGCGCACGCCGACCUACGCCGAGCUGGCCAAGGCGCACAUCCCCUACCUGGACGCCGUCGUCGAGGAGGUGCUCCGGCACGCCAACACCAUCGCCUUCGUGGUGCGCCGCGCCCUGCAGGACACCACCGUGCUGGGGCGCGCCAUCCCCAAGGGCACCGACGUGUUCCUGAUGGCCAACGGCGCCGGCUACCUCGAGCCCAACAUGCGGCUGUCGGACGCCGAGCGCAGCCCCGGCGCGCGCCGCUCCGAUUCUUCGUCCAAGGGGGCACUCACGGGCCUGUGGGACGACGCCGACAUCUCGGCCUUCAAGCCGGAGCGCUGGCUCAAGACCGACCGGGACUCGGGCGCCGAGGUGUUCGAUGCCAUGGCCGGCCCGCAGCUGGCGUUUGGCCUGGGCCCGCGCGCCUGUUUCGGGAAGCGCUUUGCCCUGCAGGGGCUGAAGAUCCAGUUCGCGCUGAUUGUCUGGCACUUCCACCUGCACCAGACGCCCAAGGCGCUGAGUGGCUAUGAUGCCGUGCAGCGGUUUGCGAGGGAGCCGACGCAGUGUUUUGUCCGGUUGAGCAAUGCCAAUCUUUGAGGCGGUGGGUGAUUUUUGUUCGGCUUCGCUUCGUCGGAACUU